CAGCCCUGGGCAAGGGUCCUCAUCUCUUCCAGGGUUUGGGGGGGGUCUGCAGCCACCACGAUGGGUGGACGGUGCUCUGGGCACAGGCAGCUUCAGCUCUCUCGGCGUUGCCUCCUCGGGCUGCGGUUGCUCCAGCUCUGGUGGGUCCCAGGUUGUGCAGCCCAGGCACGGUCGGAGCGAGGGGGCUGGUGCUGGGGGAGAUGCUGAGCCUCCCGCCAUGGGGGGGUGACCCCAGCCUUGCCCGGGAGCCGGCUCUGUGGCCGGGCAGGCGCUGCCGUGGCCAGUGCCCACCCGGCGCCAAUCCCUCGGCUCCAGACCGGGUGCGGUGUGGGUCGACGGUGUGGAGGUGUGCACCACGGGCACGGGCACGACCGUCAUCAACGUCAGCGUCGGCCAGCAGUCCUCGCUGUCCUACCUGGUCACUGCCGCGAGGUCCUGGUGGCGGCUGCAGCGUGGACCGGGCCAUGCUGGGGAGGGCUGUGGGGCUGGUCCGUACAGACUGGGCUAUACUGGACCAUACUGGGGAUGGCUGUGGGGCUGGUCCGUACGGACUGGGCCAUGCUGGGCUUUUGUCCCCAGGCUGGCUUUGUCCCCAGGCUGGCUUUCCUCACACAGUUUGUCACCUCCGGAGACUUCUGUGUCCUGAGCGCGAAGCACGGCUGCGGCUGCUGGGUGGAUGCGAGCGGCACCGGGGGCUUUCCUGGGGGACCGGUGACUCGGUGACCCGCAACGUGCAGCGCGGAGCCUGGGGCAACUCCCUUCUUCUGAGGGUAAAGGAGGAGAGGGGUCUGCGGUUCACCCCGCGUGGGGCUGGGGGCCGCAGCGGUGCAGAGGGAAGUCUGGGAAGGGAGCCUGCCUGGCGCGGUGUCCCCUCACCAUGUCCCGUGGGUCCUGCUGGCCCUGCUCCUCAACGUGGCCAGCACAGUCGCAGCGGCGGUGGCCGUGGUGGUGGCCGUGCCCCAUGUCCUGCGGGGGAUUCCAGCACCGGGGGGUGCGGUGCCACCCCCAGCCCGGCUGCCCCUGCCGAGCAGCGGCUGUGCCAGGAGGAGAUGCAAGCGCUGGAGAUCUGCAGACUCGGCUCUUGACCUUCCCCCAGGCCCGGAGCCAGCACCGCUUUAAUCAAAGCUCGCCGUUUCUGCCCCAGUGCGUCAGCGUGUGCCUGUGCUCCCUGGCACAGCAUGGCACGGCACAGUGUGGUACUGCAUGGCACGGCACGGCACGGCACGGCACGGCUGCUUCACUGGCCGCCCACAGCUGCUGGGUGGGUGCACAGGGGUGGGGAUUUCUCACGCGUAAUGACGGCAGCAGAAGUUUGGCCUC